AGUUCAACAAAAGCCACCUUCACUAGAGUUAUUGUAUCGAAUCUCGACAAUGGACUGAAAGGAUCGGUUUUUGGUUAUUCCAAGCAUACCACGAAAGCAACAAUGUUCAAAUUCCUGUCUAAGGUAGUCGGCGUCUGCGGCUACGUUGUCCAGUAUGGAUGCAUCACUCACUGUACGUUUGAGUAUUUGGGUGAUUUUGUUGUGUGUGUAGGCCCGUCCAUGGAACCGACGCUCUACACCAACAACAUAUUGAUAACGGAUCGACUCAGUCCUCGCUUGAGCCAUCUGCAGAGGGGCGAUAUAAUAAUUACCAAAAGUCCAACCAAUCCGGUGCAGCACGUGUGCAAGCGGAUUGUAGGGAUGCCGGGUGAUCGAAUUAUGACCAAAGCGUCGUUUAAUUUGAACCCACUGUCCAAUACGUACACCAUUUAUACCUCAGUCGUUUCGACCUCGCCGGAUGAAUCCAGCCCUCCAAAUGGCAGCGGCAGCGGCAAAGCAGGGAUGGAACAGAAACUGCGACAGAAGGUGGACUUUGUUUCCGGUUCGGUGGAUGCCGGCGGGCUUGUCCACCAUCACCAGCAGGAUGAGCGGGUGGAUGUGGAGCUGAACCCUCCGCAUCCGGAGAUUAGGACCAGUAUCGUCACGGUGCCGAGGGGUCACCUUUGGAUCGAGGGCGACAAUGUUCACAAUAGUUCCGAUUCCCGAAAUUACGGACCCGUUCCGAUAGGGUUGGUUAAAAGUCGAGCAAUCUGCAGGAUGUGGCCGCUGACGGAGUUCAAGGUGUUUGUUUAGGGUUAGUAGUCUAGGUUUAUUAGAGUGUUGUUUUCAAAAUAAAUUAUUAUCUAUGGUUGCAACGGUGGA